AUGGAGGCAAGCUUGACUCGGCCGUUGACAUGGGUACAGACCACGGUCGGAAACAAGGCGUGGCAAGCAUCUUUGUGUUGCCACGGGGAGAUAAUCACGGUCUCAAGACCAGAUCGUGGCAAAAAGAUGAGUGAUGUCCAGGGCUCGGGGUUUGCCACGAUAAGUUGCCACGGGAAGAAGAUGUGGCCGCGGCAAAGGAAUGAAAGAUGUCCAAGGCUCGGGAUUUGCCACGAGGUACAAGACACGGGGUCAGAGCCUGGCCGUGGCACAGCAAAUGGUGCACAACUCUGGUUCGGCCUUUGCCACGGUGGUAAUGACACGAGAUGGAAGUUAUCAAGGGGUGUAUCAGGAUCCUCCGAGGCGUCUGUCUCGCCGAGCCCUUCCCACCGUUCGUCCGAAAGCAACGAGGCGUCGAAUCGUUCGAAUCCGUCAGGCGCUCGCUCUCUAGAUGACAAGUCGUCGGUUUCGACGAGCCGCCCUCAGGGUCUCGCUCUCGACGACGAUGUUAAUCAUGCCGCAGUGAAAGCCAAGGAAGAAGCUUUUCCCUUUGAUCUGUUCGAGGCGAAGCGUGAAUUAGAACGUCUCAUGGCGUCCCGAGGUGCUUCUUCAUCUGGGCGAGGGAAAAGGGCGAAAAGGCAAAAACCUGACCCGCCCGGCUCUACGCUCUCCUCCCCUGACUCACUCGAGGCAUUGAGAUGUUGUUUCGGGAUAUCCGAGGCGGUAAAGUUUGUCCUUCCAGAGAAGACUGACCAAGCCGACAAACCUCCUGAGAAUCACUUUACUCUGUACGAGACGUUCUUCGAGCUUUGUUUUCUCUGGUUCCCGAUCCCCGGCGUUAUCCUUGAGUAUCUCUGGAAACAUGGGAUUUCAAUCGGGCAGAUCAUGCCGAGGGGUCUGCCGCACAUGAUCGGCAUUUUGAAAGCUCCGAAGGGAGAUAGAUUCUAUAUUUCCAACAAGUCCAACCGUCGGAUUAUAGGUGGCUUUCCAAGAAAGGAUCAGUUCUGGACCGAACGCUUUUUCUAUGUCUUGGUGAACGAGGCGUCAGUUGGAGAUGACUACUUCGGAACAUUUUUCCCCCGAUUCCCGACGACCUCUUUGUUGUUCGAGAUUCUCUUGCGGCUCAGAGAACACAAGAAAAGACGUGAAGAAGAGGAAGCUGCGAGACGAGCCGCCGAGGCGACUCAAACAAAGACCGAGGCUAUCCCUCAGACCGAUCCGCCGAGCCGUGAAGGUGAAGGCACGGUCCGAGGUGCGGAGGCAAACGUUGCCAAGGCGUCCGACAAAGAAACAGCGGCCGAGGUGGAACCGGGCGAGAUUAUUCCCGAGGCGCCCAAAGAUGACUCGGCGGCGCGGAGUAAAACUCCUUCAAACUCAGCUAUUUUGGCUCUUCCGAAGUCGUCGAGGCCCCCGACUUCGGUUGUACAGAAGCACGAUCCUAGCCGAAAAUGUUCGGCUGCUGAUAAGGGGAAGGGCGUUGCUAUCCAAAAGGACGAGCCGUACAAGAAGAAGCGCAAGCCGGCUCCCGGUGAUCCCGCUGCACGCAAGCUGGUCGUCGACAACCCUGAUGCCUCGGCAGUAAUGUUCGCGCGUGUUAAUAAUGCGAACACGCGUCUUCCUCCUCCUGAGAAGCUGAGGAGGCCGAGGUCGUACGGCGCGAUGGCGCAGCGCGGUACCAAGGCUCGGAACGAGACCGCGGAGGCGAAGGGGAAGCUGGACGAGGCGAUGACUAGGGUGUCGAGGCUGGAAGAGGAGAAGAUAGUUCUCCGUGCCGAUGUUGACAAGGUCUCUGCCUCGGUUAUUCGCCUCGAGGAGGCUAGGAGAGCCAAAAGCGCCGAGGUGGCGUUGCUCAAAAGGCGUAUCGCGGCUAAGGAUGCCUUGUUUAACGCCAAGGUCAAGCAUGCGAAGAAGGAAGUAAGGCGAGAGCUGACGGCUAAGUUUCAGGAGCGCCUCGCCAAGGUAGAGGAAGGCUUGGCCAAGCUCGAGAAGGCCAAAACCGACGAGAACGAGCUGGGGCAAAUCAAGGGCAACCUUGCGAUGAUUGCCGUCCUGAAGAAACCGAACGCCCCAACGCUCGAUGAUGAGGAGGCGCAGCUAAAGAGCUAG